GCUACACAAUAGUUGUAUUGUUUUGUUGUUUACAUUUACGUAUAUCAAUUCGUAAUUUGAAAACAUUGAGAAAAAGUGAUUGAUUUAAUGAAAAAGACGUGAAAUUUUCAUUAUAUCUGUGAAGUAUAUGUGGCACGAUGUUCCCUACGCCAUCUACAGUCAAUCCGGUGCGGCCUUGCUACGGUGUUUCACGGUCUACACGUUUUGGAAAGAAACAAUUGACAAGUGGUUACACCAGUCUAUUUUCAUCAUGCAGCUGAUGCAUGAUUUGUUCGUCUGCCAUAUUGGACAUGCAUUCUAGUCGUAAUAUAUGAAGAUUCUGAGUUCUGUGGUCCCGCCCAACUAUCGACUAACUUCCUUUAAAAAUGUUUCAUUGAUAAAAUUCGAUUAUGAUCAAUUCGUCAAUGGACAAGAUACGUAUGACAUGUAGUCUGUCAAAAUUUUGAAGUGAGUACCAGCAUUAUUCAAAAUUUAAAAUUGUUCGUGAGAAGUAUGGAAAACUUUGAGAUUGAGAAUACUGAAAAACACCGUCAAUCCAAAUAUAAAGAACUCAAAUGGUCCAGAGACGAGGAAGCAAUACGAUUCAUGAGGAACCAUAAGGAAGUUUUAUUCUCAAAAUAUGUUCUCUCUUUCUCCGAUGCCUUCAUCCUCAGAUUGCGAAAAUCGGUGUUCGGCCCUUUCCUCGAUAUACUUAAUUAUCCCCAAAUCCAAGAUAAAUCACUGAAUGAAAACAAACUGAUAAUCGCAGAAUAUGAUUUGAAAAAUCUGCUGAAUAAAGAGAAGCAAAAAUUCGAAGAAAACAAUUCCAUCCUUGAGGAUGCUACAGGUAUCCUCAAAAUGCUUGUGAAUGAGCGAGACAAUGUAGACUAUAAGUAUUUCAGGAAAACGAUCAACUCCAUAAGAAUAUCAAAUUCCUAUGUGAGUAUGAAUUCAACCUAAGUUUAUGGGAUUCUAAAAUACUCAAUAUACUACUAAGAUGAAUCAAACUGAUGAAGAGUUGAGAAAAUUCACAAGGCUACAAGUGUUAGUGUUAUCUGGGAAUAACCUGAGAGGUGUAGAGGGUUCAUUUUUACCAAGAAGACUGAAAUUUCUAGAACUGUACGAUAACUUCAUAAAUGACAUCACUACUUUAGUAGAAACAACUCCAAAAUAUUUAUCACAUCUUGGAUUAGGAAGGAACAAGCUAGAUGACAACAGCUCCCUCCAUCUUUUGGCUAAAAGCGGCAACUUCCUCCACCUGAGAAGCCUGGACCUCUCGGACAACGACAUCUAUGAUCUGUUGGCCAUACUCAAUAAAAUCAAAGAACUUCCAAGUUUGAAAUCCUUGCAGUUGGAGGGAAAUCCCUGUUACUUGGAUGGACAUUACAAGCUGAAAACCAUUCAUCAUAUUCCCAAAUUGUUGUUCUUGGAUAAUGUAGAAAUCUCAAGAGCCGACCGGUCUGUGAGCGAAACUUCACUUGGUGACAAGGACACGAAACCCCAAAUGAUAUUUUAUUGUCACCGGAUAAUGGGUUUACGUCCUCCACCAAAAGACAAAAAAAAUUUACAGACCAUACACUUAGAAAUAAAACUUCCCCUAUUGGAACGAAUCGUUUCCAGUUCGGAAAAUACCGAGAACAUUAUUGACAACAGUCAUAAUCAAGCUGUGAAGAAACCAUCAAAAAAUCAGAAGAACGCGGAUGGGAAGGGAAGUAGAAAAGAGAAAAAUUCCAGCAAAACGUCACCAUAUGACAAACCCGAUGAAUUCGAUCCCCAAUUAGACAAAUACAACGUUUCCUUCAAAACUGAAAAAUUACCAUGGAAUAAUGUCAUGAAGUUUCUUCCUAUCUGUAUUGAGUCUCCAGAAGGAAAUGAUGUAUUGAUUAGAGAUACUCUGAGGACAUGUGUCAAAGUUAAUGUGGUUUACAUAAAGGCUGCUCAUCAAUCCAAAGCCAAGGGGAAAAAGGGGAAUAAGGCUGGCGAGGUCAAACAUACCAACAAGAAAACUAAAACAAUCGAGUCCGCACCAGAAAAGGAUAUCCCCAAAGAAACAAUUUUGAAGAGAGUCACAUUGUAUAGUUUUUUCUGCAACUUGCAGAGUGUUAAUUGGAAUGACGAGAGUAUUGAUUACCUUUGGAUGGAUCACCCAAAAUUUGGUGAAGAUGGUUUGAAGAUGAAGUGCCUCAAGAAUCUUGUGUACGGUGAGAAGUCGAAAAAAGGCAAGAAGAAAGUGAAUAAAGAUGCAGAUUCUAGAAACACCCAAGGUACUGGUGCUACAAUGUCAGUUCCCAAAAUAUUCACUUGCCAUGUAGGAUUCGGAUUGAAGAGGAGUUGAAAUGUAGUUGAAUGUAUCCAAAUAUAUAAUCUUG